GAAAGAGCCUGCUGCGCAGUUACAAGGCUGAGUUGUUUUGGAGUAAGAUGUGAAGCAGUCCUGAACCCAUUGCUCCAGAUGGUGGGGGCACUCAGGUAAAGAAGGUGAUCUCAUCCGCAACACACAAAAGAGGUGGGACUGGCCCUGGAAGAGAACUGUGGGGUGGUCUUCUGCUACACGUUUUUGAAGAGGCUUAUAUCUGCAAUCAUCAUCCACCCCAGCAAAGUAUUUCCUCGGUCUGAACAAAAAAGAGAAGCUGUACUGUCACAUCCUGCUAUAAGAUAAUGACAUGGACCUGGGAACUCUCCAAAACAACCUCAACAGCACUUUGGACAAUGUUUACGUGGAUGACCUGGAAUCUGAUCACCCCGGGACCCUUUCCAAUGGAAAGCCUGUCUGUAAUGGUGAACAGGCCAGUCUUGUGAGUGGGGGUGAUGCCGUCAAACAUUCUCAGCCGCUGCUCAUUCAAGCCAAUAGAAAACUGAAAGAGGAGCAGCAGCAGCAGCAGCCACGUGCCUUAUCCCUGCCCUCCAUCCCAAACCCUUUUCCAGAGCUCUGCAGCCCUUCCAACUCUCCCAUCCUCAGUAGCCUCUCACUGGGGCCAGGCUCACAGCGAGAAAGUGGUUCUCAUGUAGUGAAGGUCUACAGUGAAGAUGGUACCUGUCGUUCAUUGGAAGUCACAGCAGGGACUACAGCCCGUCAUGUCUGUGAAAUGUUGGUCCAGAAGACCCAUGCCUUGCACGAUGACUGCUGGUCCUUGGUGGAGGUCUAUCAGCACUUGGCUUUAGAGCGGUACCUAGAAGACCACGAAUCUGUCGUAGAGGUUCAGGCCACGUGGCCUGUUGGGGGUGACAGCAGAUUUGUCUUCCGGAAGAACUAUGCCAAGUAUGAGCUGUUCAAGAGCUCACCACAAUCACUUUUCCCUGAAGUCAUGGUCUCCAGCUGUCAGGAUGCUGCCAACAAGGGGAUGUCCCACUCAGAACUCAUACAGAAUGUACUAAAUUCAGGAAGCUGCCCUGAAAUCCAGGGGUUCCUGCACUUGAAGGAAGUUGGGCGCAAAGUAUGGAAAAGGUUUUAUUUCUCUCUACGGCGCUCGGGACUCUAUUAUUCAACAAAAGGCACAUCGAAAGACCCUCGACAUCUACAGUAUUGUGCAGAUAUAAAUGAAUCCAACGUCUACUACAUCACUCAAGGCAAAAAACAGUACAGCACUCCCACAGAGUAUGGCUUUUGUAUCAAGCCCCAAAAGGCACGCAGUGGGACGAAAGGUCUGAAGCUUUUCUGCAGUGAGGAUGAGCAGAGUCGCACUUGCUGGGUGGCUGCCUUCCGUCUCUUCAAGUAUGGCAUACAGCUCUACAGGAACUACCAGCAGUGUCAGGCACGGCAAAGGGAACCAGCCUGGAUUGGCACAGCACCCCUGCGGAGUGUGUCAGAUAACACCCUGGUGGCCAUGGACUUCUCGGGUUGUACGGGCCGAGUGAUUGAGAACCCCAAUGAGGCUCUGACAGUGGCUUUGGAGGAAGCUCAAGCGUGGAGGAAGAAGACAACUCAUCGAUACAGCCUGCCCACCCAGUUCCAGAGCUCCCCACUCAGUACUGUUAUCCACAGAACUCAGCCAUGGUUCCAUGGAGGAAUUUCUAGAGAAGACACCCAGCGCCUUAUAAUCCAGCAAGGAUUGGUGGAUGGGGUGUUCCUGGUGCGGGACAGCCAGCGGAACCCCAAAGGCUUCGUCUUGUCACUUUGCCACCUUCAAAAAGUGAAGCACUAUCUUAUCCUUCCGAGUGAGGAAGAUGGCCGCCUCUACUACACCAUGGAUGACGGGCAGACUCGCUUUGCUGACCUGAUCCAGUUGGUGGAGUUUCACCAAAUCAACCGUGGCAUCCUGCCUUGCAAGCUGAAGCACUAUUGCACCUGCGUUGCCUUGUGAUGGCCCGUCUUCCCAACAGGGAGAUAGGGGAAAAGGCCUGUUUUGAACCUUGGGAUUGGCACUGAACUUUCCGCUGCUCCUUGGAUCAGCCACAACGAUGGUUAAAUGACUGAGGAAGGUUGUAACCCUCCCGUUCAAGCCACCUGUCGGGGAGUCUUGUCAUUCUUAGGACAGUCACGGAUGGCUUUGAGGUUGCAGUGAUAAGAUUUCUGUACAGAAGAAGACGCUCCUUGGCUGGUAGCUUUCUCCAUCUCCAGCAAGAGCUUGCUUUGUCACCAGAUUUAUGAGAUUUUGCUGUUCCUGUUGCCUUAACCUGCUGUGCUCAAAUUAGAGUCCAGAGUCCCCAGAUUCUGGGAAUAGAGCUAUAGCAUUGUCCUUUUAAAUUUUUAAAUUUUAUUUUUUUGAUGCUGUUUCAGAGUCCCGAUCCAUUAGAGGCAAGUGUAGGACAAAAGCAAAUCUUGGAAGUGAUUCCUCUUGCAAAUUGCUUUCACCUUUCUUCAUCAUGAUUGCCUGUCUCCAGCA